AUGCAAUUGUGCAGAAGAAAUGCCGCUAGAACUUUUUCUAACAGUGUGGUUUUGAGACACGCAUACGCUGCCAAGGACGAUGUUGACGGUCAACAGCAAGAAAGUGCGCAAAGCGGACAAUACAACAUUGUGGACCACGAAUACGACUGUGUUGUUGUUGGUGCUGGUGGUGCUGGUUUGCGUGCUGCGUUUGGUCUAGCCGAGGCUGGUUACAAGACUGCUUGUAUCUCGAAGUUGUUCCCAACCAGAUCGCAUACUGUUGCUGCUCAAGGUGGUAUCAACGCAGCCUUGGGUAACAUGCAUAAAGACGACUGGAAAUGGCACAUGUACGAUACCGUGAAGGGUUCCGAUUGGUUAGGUGACCAGGACUCUAUCCACUACAUGACCCGUGAAGCUCCAAAGUCUAUCAUCGAGUUGGAACACUUUGGUGUGCCAUUCUCCAGAACCGAAGAAGGUAGAAUCUACCAAAGAGCCUUUGGUGGUCAAUCCAAGGAAUACGGUAAGGGUGGUCAAGCAUACAGAACCUGUGCCGUCGCUGACCGUACCGGUCACGCCUUGUUGCAUACCUUGUACGGUCAAGCUUUGAGACACAACACUCAUUUCUUCAUCGAAUUCUUCGCUAUGGACCUUUUGACCCACAACGGUGAAGUUGUCGGUGUCAUGGCCUACAACCAAGAAGACGGUACGAUACAUAGAUUCCGUGCCCACAAGACAAUCAUUGCCACUGGUGGUUAUGGACGUGCUUACUUCUCUUGUACCUCCGCUCACACUUGUACCGGUGAUGGUUACGCUAUGGUCUCCCGUGCCGGUUUCCCAUUGCAAGAUUUGGAAUUCAUUCAAUUCCAUCCAUCCGGUAUUUACGGUUCCGGUUGUUUGAUCACCGAAGGUGCUCGUGGUGAAGGUGGUUUCUUGGUCAACUCCGAAGGUGAACGUUUCAUGGAACGUUACGCCCCAACCGCCAAGGAUUUGGCUUGUAGAGACGUUGUCUCCCGUGCCAUCACCAUGGAAAUCAGAGAAGGUAGAGGUGUCGGUAAGGAAAAGGACCACAUGUUCUUGCAACUAAACCACUUGCCUCCAUCCGUCUUGCACGAACGUUUGCCAGGUAUCUCUGAAACCGCUGCUAUUUUCGCCGGUGUUGAUGUCACCAAGGAACCAAUCCCAAUUCUACCUACUGUCCACUACAACAUGGGUGGUAUCCCAACCAAGUGGAACGGUGAAGCUUUGACUAUCGAUGAAGAAACUGGUGAAGAUAAGCCAAUUCCAGGUUUGCUUGCCUGUGGUGAAGCUGCCUGUGUUUCCGUUCACGGUGCUAACAGAUUGGGUGCUAACUCCUUGUUGGAUUUGGUCGUCUUUGGUCGUGCCGUUGCUCACACUAUUGCUGACACUCUACAACCAGGUUUGCCACACAAGCCUUUGCCAGCUGACUUGGGUAAAGAAUCCAUUGCUAACUUGGACAAGUUGAGAAACGCUACUGGUUCUAAGCCAACUGCUGAGAUCAGAUUGGCUAUGCAAAAGACUAUGCAAAAGGAUGUCUCCGUCUUUAGAACACAAGAAUCUUUGGACGAAGGUGUUAAGAACAUCACCGCCGUCGACAAGACCUUCGCUGAUGUCAAGACCACUGACAGAUCCAUGAUCUGGAACUCUGACUUGGUCGAAACCCUUGAAUUGCAAAACUUGUUGACUUGUGCUACUCAAACCGCCAAAUCUGCUGCCGAAAGAAAGGAAUCUCGUGGUGCUCAUGCCAGAGAAGAUUACCCAGAAAGAGAUGAUGUUAACUGGAUGAAGCACACUCUAUCAUGGCAACGUGACAGUGGUGACGAAGUUACCUUGAAAUACAGAAACGUCAUCGCUACCACCUUGGAUGAAAAGGAAUGUCCUCCUGUUCCACCAACUAUCAGAGCCUACUGA